AAAAAAGAAACAAAGAUAAUUAUAGCCGUCUCUGUAGUAGACUAGUCGCUCUUCAGUGCUUCAAUGGUGGUUGAUAAGUUCGUCUUCCUCAAGUUACAGACGUGAACGACUCUCGAGAAGAAACAACGCGCGUGACUUGAAAAUAAAUUAAAAAAACUCGUAAAGUUCAGCUCUUGAGUCUCAUCUUCAUCUUCACAAAGAAACAGCAAAAAAAAAUGGAAGCUUGGAUGGUUUCUCUAUGUUUCUUCUCUCUAUCUCUAAUCAUCUACGGAGCAAACGCAGAACCAGUACAAGACAAACACGCAUUACUCGAGUUUCUAACCAUCACGCGCCCAACACGCUCACUAAACUGGAACGAGACCACUCCCCUCUGCAAAAACUGGACAGGAGUCACUUGCAACCACAACGAAUCUCGAAUCAUAGCCGUUAGAUUACCAGCAAUUGGACUCAACGGUCAGAUUCCACCCAACACCCUAACCAGACUCACUGCCCUCAGAAUCCUCAGUCUCAGAUCCAACAGAAUCUCAGGCCCAUUCCCUAUGGGCUUCACCGAGCUCAAAGACUUGGCCUUUCUUUACCUUGAAGAUAACGACUUCUCUGGUCCUUUGCCUAUUGAUUUCUCUGUGUGGAAGAAACUCGUUGGCCUGAAUCUCUCUAACAACAGAUUCAAUGGAACAGUUCCUGUUUCUUUGUCUGGUCUGAAACGGUUACAGUCGUUGGAUCUCGCUAAUAAUUCACUUUCUGGUGUUGUCCCUGAUGAGCUUAGUGUGUUGUCUAGUUUGAAACAGAUUGAUUUGUCUAAUAACAAUCUACAUGGACCGUUACCGAAGUGGUUACUAAGGUUCCCACCGUCUUCUUACAAAGGCAUUGGUCUUAUCCCUCCUGGUGACGUCACUCAUUUUCAUCCACCACCUCCCGACCAGACUCAAAAGAAGCCUAAACCCCACUUCUUGGGACUAACCAAGACGGUUUUCUUGCUCAUCAUCGUUAUCACUGUCUUCAUUACACUUCUAGCAGCUUUAUUGUUUGUGUUUGCUCUUUGUUACUUGAGGAGCAAGCUAGGUAUUGUUAAGGACAAUAAGCUUGAGAAGAAAGGCAUGAUGAUGUCUCCGGAGAAGUUUGAAUUGAGGAUGGAAGAAGCCAACAACAGGUUGACUUUCUUUGAAGGAUGCAAUUACUCGUUUGAUCUUGAGGAUCUGCUGAGAGCUUCUGCUGAGAUUCUUGGUAAAGGCACGUUUGGGACGACGUACAAAGCGGUUCUAGAGGACGCAACUUCCGUCGCUGUGAAACGUCUCAAGGACGUUGCGGCUGGGAAACGCGAUUUCGAGCAGCAGAUGGAGAUCAUUGGAGGGAUUAAACACGAGAACGUUGUGGAGCUUAAGGCUUAUUAUUACUCCAAAGACGAGAAGCUUAUGGUUUAUGAUUAUUUUAGUAAUGGAAGUGUGGCUUCUUUACUUCAUGGUAACCGAGGAGAGAACCGGGUUCCGUUGGAUUGGGAAACGAGAAUGAAGAUUGCUAUUGGUGCAGCUAAAGGGAUCGCUAGAAUCCACAGAGAGAAUAAUGGGAAGCUUGUCCAUGGCAACGUUAAAUCUUCAAAUAUAUUCUUGAAUUCAGACCGUAACGGCUGCGUGUCUGAUUUUGGUUUAACCGCGGUGAUGAGCGCCUUGGCUCCACCUAUCUCUAGGCAAGCUGGUUACCGUGCCCCGGAAGUAACCGAUACAAGGAAGUCUUCUCAGUUGUCAGAUGUUUACAGCUUCGGCGUCGUAUUGCUCGAACUACUCACCGGAAAAUCUCCCAUUCAUACUACUGCAGGAGAUGAGAUUAUACAUUUGGUUCGAUGGGUACAUUCGGUGGUGAGAGAGGAAUGGACUGCGGAGGUUUUUGAUGUGGAGCUACUAAGGUAUACAAACAUAGAGGAAGAGAUGGUUGAGAUGUUGCAGAUUGCUAUGUCUUGUGUUGUCAAAGCACCUGACCAGAGACCGAAGAUGUCUGAUUUGGUUAGGCUUGUGGAGAGUGUCGGGAACCGACAAGGCAGUCUUGAGACUAAACCAGAGAAGGAAGCCUCCGAGAUUUCCACGCCUAGUAAAACUUGA